AUGGCGCACUUUGACAGACCUUCGAGCGACCGCCCGAAGAAUGAGAUGGUGUAUUUUCCGGACAUGCAGGGGUCACUACCCUCGCAGUCUGGCGACUUCCGGCGGGUGCUGUGGACGGGUUUGUACAGCCAGCUUGUGCUGAUGAAUGUUCCCGUCGGUGGAGAAAUUGGAGAAGAGAUCCACACCGUUGACCAGAUCCUCACGUUUACCUCGGGCACCGGCGUUGCACAGGUCGCGGGCGUUGACCAGAAUGUGAAGGCGGGAGACCUCGUGAUUGUGCCCGCGGGCACAAAGCACCAGUUCCUCAACACGGGACCGACGCCGCUGCUGUUGUACACGGUGUACAGCCCGGCCGAGCACAACCCGACAAGCGUGCACAAGACCAAGGCGGAGGGGGAUCGUGCAGAGGACGAAGGUCGCGAUGAGCCACCCGAGUGGAGCCAGAAGAGCAAGGCUGAGAACGAGAAGGAAGGGUGGGUCAAAGGCGAGUGA